ACCCCGCCACCAUGUGCGAGCUGUACAGCAAGCCGGACACUCUGGCGCUCAGGGGGAAGCACAUCGGGCCUUCAUGCAAAGUUUUCUUUGCUGCGGAUCCCAUCAAAAUAGUGCGAGCCCAGAGGCAAUACAUGUUUGAUGAGAAAGAUGAACAGUACUUGGACUGCAUCAACAACGUUGCCCAUGUGGGACACUGUCACCCAGAAGUGGUCAAAGCUACCUUGCAACAGAUGGAACUCCUAAAUACAAAUUCUCGUUUCCUCCACGACAACAUUGUUGAGUAUGCCAAGCGACUUUCAGAAACCCUGCCAGAGAAGCUCUCUGUUUGUUAUUUUACAAAUUCGGGAUCCGAAGCCAAUGACUUAGCCUUACGCCUGGCCCGGCAGUUCAGAGGCCACCAGGAUGUGAUCACUCUUGAUCAUGCUUACCAUGGUCACUUAUCAUCCUUAAUUGAGAUCAGUCCAUAUAAAUUUCAGAAGGGCAAAGAUGUCAAGAAAGAAUUUGUACAUGUGGCACCAGCUCCAGAUAUUUACAGAGGAAAAUAUAGAGAAGACCAUGCAAACCCAGCCAAUGCUUAUGCAGAUGAAGUGAAGAAAAUUAUCGAAGAAGCUCAUAACAGUGGAAGGAAGAUUGCUGCCUUUAUUGCUGAAUCCAUGCAGAGUUGUGGUGGACAAAUAAUCCCUCCAGCAGGCUACUUCCAGAAAGUGGCAGAAUAUGUACAUGAAGCAGGGGGUGUGUUUAUAGCUGAUGAAGUUCAAGUCGGCUUUGGUCGAGUUGGGAAACAUUUCUGGAGUUUUCAAAUGCAUGGGGAAGACUUUGUCCCAGACAUUGUCACAAUGGGAAAGCCAAUGGGCAACGGCCACCCGAUGGCUUGUGUGGUGACAACGGAAGAAAUUGCAGAAGCCUUCAGCAGCUGUGGGAUGGAGUAUUUCAAUACGUAUGGAGGAAAUCCGGUAUCUUGUGCUGUUGGUUUGGCUGUGCUGGACAUAAUUGAAAAUGAAGACCUUCAAGGAAAUGCCACAAGAGUAGGAAAUUACCUUACUGAGUUACUGAAUAAACAGAAGGCUAAACACACUUUGAUAGGGGAUAUUAGGGGCAUUGGCCUUUUUAUCGGAAUUGACUUAGUGAAGGACCACCAGAAAAGGACCCCUGCCACAGCUGAAGCUCAGCACAUCAUCUACAAGAUGAAAGAAAAACGUGUGCUUCUCAGUGCUGAUGGACCUCACAGAAAUGUCCUUAAAAUAAAACCACCUAUGUGCUUCACUGAAGAAGAUGCAAAGUUUAUGGUGGAUCAGCUUGAUGAAAUUCUAACAGUUUUAGAAGAAGCAAUUGGAGCCAAAGCUGAAAGUGUGACUUCUGAGAAUGCUCCAAGCAAAACAAAGAUGCUGAAAGAAACACACUUGGGAUUACUCAGUGACAGCACUGCUGACUCCAAAGAAAACUCUAGCAGGAAGAGAAAUGGAGUGUACACAGAUAAACAUUCCCUGCUCAGUAAAAGGCUCAAGACAUGAAGGAUUCACAUUCUAAACCAAGACAAUUGUCAAGAGUCAUAGAGAAUGAGUGGAUAUGACUCUCUUCACUCAUUCUCUUACUCUCAAUAGAGAGUACUUCUCGAUUUUACUCUCAAGGUAGAAUUGUCAGUCAGCUUAGAUUUGUAAAUAAAAAGGUAAAUGAGUAAUCAGAAUCAGCCAAGUGAUAAUCAAACCACGUCAAGAGUAUUAGUUAAACCUCCAUCCUGUUAAUGUCUUACUUGAGAGUUCUAAAGGUACUUAAUUUAUUCUACUAAAUAUAAGCUUCAAAUUUAAAAUUAAGUUGACAUUUUACUUCAUAUGUUUUAAUGUUUGAAAUUAAAAAGCAAAGCAUAAUAGUUUCCUUAAUUUGGGAGACUUAGAACCUUAAAAUAUGAAUUCUGUACUGAUUUCAUAUACAAAAAUAUAUUUAUGGACAGUAAUAAAAUAAAAGAUGAUAUAAACCAAAAA